AAUAUGAUCUUGUUUGCGUGGAAAUAUCGUAACUAGCGAUAUCUAUUAUCGAAUACUGCAUAGACAGAAAAUGAACUCUUCCAAAUAGUUUUAAUUAUUGUCGGUAGAUGUCAGGUAGUUAAAUCACUAGAUUACACCAACUUAAAGAAUAAUUUUUAAUAUAUUUGUCUUUCGUGUUUUGGAUUUUCGGUAAUUAAUAUUUUUAUGUUCAUAUAAUGGGAUAUAUAUAGAGUUCUAAGUACUGUAUUUCUGACACGUUACUACUGACAAAGGCUCAUUGACAUUGUCGUCAUAUUGGACAUCACUGUGAGCUAGUUGGUCAUUUUCCUUUCAAUUGACAAUUGAAAUACGACUUGCGCCUGUGCCAACCUAUAUUAGCCUACAAGUUCUGUGGCCCGUUCUGUGAGAGGUCAUUAAUUACGAAUUGACGUUGUUUUAGAAAAAUUAAUUGUGAAAUGGUAUCCUUUUUCAAUAGCUUGUAGAUUUUUUAAUUAUAUUGUACAGGAAGAAGUGUAUUUGAAACCACAAAAUGAUAAUUUCCCGAGGUUCCAAUUUGUUGAGAACAGUUCUGAUGAAGCGGGGACUGACUUCUCCCGCGAUUAGCCGUAAUAGUCAUAAUUGGGUUUAUCGAGUAGCUGCUGAAACUCCACCCAAGAGUUCCUUUCUUGUAGCUGAAAUAGUGGGUGGAUUUAUGUGGUGGUGGAUUUUGUGGCAUCUUUGGCAUGAACCAGAACAUAUCACGGGAGAAUUUCCGUAUCCGGAUCCCAGUAAGUGGACUGAUGAAGAAUUGGGGAUCCCUGAAGAUGACGAUGAGUUGGGUCUUAUAAACUCCGAAUAAUAGUGAUUAUUAUGUGGUGCAAAUUAUUUGUGAAUAAAUAGCGUGUAUAAACUAGUGUUAUAAAAUAAAAACUUAUUACUAUAGUUUGUACUAAUAAUGCUUUUAACGUGUGGUCCUUCUAAUAUUGUAAUCUGUUGAAAACCUACACAGAGGGGAGAGAAAACUAGUUAUGACUCAUGGGUCCUAGUUCAUGAAAUUAACCUUAGGCAGACUCUUUUUCAUUCUAAUAGUGUUUCUUCUUUUCAAAAUGAAGAUUUUUUUAUGUCGACUCAACACACUGUCAAAAAUGUGAUAAUGAAGAAUUGUCAUUACAUUUUAAAACUUAAACAAUUAUUCUACAAUUCUAAUUUUAUUGGAUUAUUUAAAUUGUGACGCUCAUAUUCAUUUAUGGUAGUCGUGUCAUAGAAGCAGCGGCAAUGGUGUAAUGGUAAGCGUAUCAAGACUUAUACCCAAGAUGACAGUUUCAAACCCGAUUGACGCUGUGGAUUUUUAAGGGUGGAAAAUCCUUCGUGCGCCUUCCUUCUGGUGGAAAGUAAGGCUGUCCCGUGUUUGUAGAUUUACUUGCAUGUAAAAGAUCCUCAAGCCUAAAUGACGCCUCUGAGCUAAAUC